AUGCUGAAUUUUAGUCUUUGUCUUACUAUCCUUUUAUUGGUAACAGUGUCUAUCGCCUUUGGUAGAUCAAAUGAAGAUCGGUUGAGCAAACUUGAAGCCCAGCUUGAGAAGGUUACUACAGAGUUGAAGGAGAUAAAGACGCAAUGUCCAUGGUAUCUCAACUCUUCAUAUACAGGCGAGGGAAAGUUCUACGAGACAAGAGCCACUACUCCUUUCGUGGCAUUCGCAGCAACUAUCUACAGAGACAUGACACCAAUAGCUUCCAACGAGGUCAUCAUCUUCGACAACGUCAUUACACAAGUAGGUGGAGGAUACGACCCGUUCAUUGGCCGUUUUCAGACUCCAGUGGCCGGAUACUAUCAUUUCGUCGUCACUAUUUUGUCUUAUCAAACACACUACAUUGAAAUUGAGCUUGUUCGUGAUGGUACACUGCUCUGUCGGGCUCGGGCGUCCCAGACAUACAACGGUAUGGGUGCAUGUUCUUCCAAUGUGUACCUGAGAGUUGGUAGUGAUGUAUGGGUCCGCCAUAAGUCUUCAAGUGGUGACUAUGUUCACGGGCAAUACUUCCCGUCCUUCACUGGUCAUCUUAUAAAGGCUGAUUAA